AGGAACUCAUUCCUUUGAUCGUGUGACGAAAAUGAUAUGCGACAUAAAUAAGCAAUAUAAAUUACCCGUGGAAAAAAUUGUUUAUACGAUUACUGACAAUGGAUCUAACUUCGUUAAGGCAUUUAAAGAAUUUGGAGUUGAAUUAAGACCUAUAAAUGAAUGUGACAGUGAUGACGGAUCUGACUCUGAUUCCGAUUCAAAUGACUCGAUAAUUGCUUUAGGUCCUCAAUUUCGAUCUGUAACUCCACGUCUGUCAAAACACUUUCCUUGUGCGAGCCACACUCUAAAUCUUUUGGCUUCAACCGAUUUCAACAAAAUUUUGAAUUCAUCAAGUCAGGAUAUUAAAGAUAUUCACAAAAGAUCUUUCCAAAGGUAA